UCUCGCCUCUCUUCAAGUGUGAACACACGCGGUGAUUACUCGUUUGUUGUGAGUUUGGACUUUUUAAGUCCUGACGGCGUCAUCAGGCGCGAGUCUGGCGUGUCGCAUCGCACCGUUUAUCAAGUUAAACGAAUUAAAGCGCUCGCCGAAUGCACUCAGACGAGCGUGGCGCGAUUGCAAUAAAACUUGAAUCGAAAAAAGUGCGCGUGUCCAUGGUAUCCGUGUCCAUUUGAUCCUGCAACAUGGCGUCGGCGAAGAAUGAAGACGAGCAGCCGAAUUACACAUUGGCGGAGAAACUGCGCAUCGUCUUGACCAACAUCACCGUCGAGCCGAUAAUCAUAUGCUAUGUGAUUCCAGGCGUCUUGGGCAGCCUCGCCAUGCAACAACUUUACCUCGAAAAAGCCUGUCGAGUCGAUCUCGCAAUGAACGAGACCAUCUGCGACGCCAUUUCCGUGCAUAACUCAAGCGGAUAUCAAAAGGAAGACGAAGCAGAAGUGCAGAAAUACGUCGCUACUAUGUUUUCAUACAAAAAUGUUCUUCAAUCAGUGAUACCAUCAGUGUUGUUGCUGUUUAUUGGAUCGUGGAGUGACAGAUACAACCGGCGUAAACCAUGGAUCAUGCUACCAUUAGUCUGUGAGCUUACAACCGUAAUGGGAUUCUGGUUAACAACAUAUUUCUUCUAUGAAAUGACCGUGAUUUACAACGUGAUCAUCGAUGGCAUUGCACCUGUGAUGUCCGGGGGUGGAUAUGCGUUUGGAAUGGCAUUGUAUGCACACAUCAGUUGUAUUACCACGGAAGCGACUAGGACCGUACGAAUUGGGGCGGCGAAUAUGUUGUGGAGUCUUUGUUAUACUUUGGGAAUGGCUUUAAGUGGAGUUGUGUAUAUUCAACUAGGUUUCUACGGGGUGUACAUUAUUUCAAUUGUUAUAUAUCUAACCGGGUUGUACUAUGGGCACACGUGUGUAGAGGAAGCACCAUGGCCAGAAAAAUCCCAAGACGAAGUAGAAACUAGGAAAAAUCAAAAGAAGAAAAACUUUUGUUUGGAUUUUUUCAAUUGGAGUCUAGUAAAAGACACUUUUAACGUUGCAUUCAAAACUGGUGAGCGUAACAGAAAGGCUAGGAUUUUAGCUAUUAUGGUUUUGGUUAUGGUUAUCAUAGGACCCCUUCACGGUGAAUUUGUUGUGUGGUACAUGUUCGUACGUUACACUUUUCAUUGGAACGAAAUUGAGUAUAGCAUUUUCUGCACGUACUAUUCCAUCGUACAUAUUGUUGGAACCGUGUUUGCGUUGAUGUUCUUCUCGAAAUACUUGAAGUUAGACGAUUCACUCUUAGGCAUGAUUUCGAGCAUGAGUAAAAUCCUCUCAUCGUUCGUCUAUGCAUUCGCACCAAAUUCAACAAUAUUUUACUGCGGUGCAAUAAUUGAAAUGUUUAAUGGCACAUCAUUCAUUGCCAUGCGUUCGAUAAUAUCAAAACUAGUGCCGGUUGAUGAAUUAGGCAAAAUCUAUUCGUUGUUUGGCUUGUGUGAAGCCCUAAUGCCAUUGGUCUACGGCCCUAUGUACAGCUACAUCUAUAAGAAUACGAUAAACUUCAUGCCGGGCAUGUUUUUCAUCGCCGGCGGCAUCCUAACCGUGCCAUCAGUAAUAAUGUUCGGUUGGUUGUACUUCGAGCACAAAAGGGAUUUGCGGCUCGAUGCAGAGAAGAAAAACGACGAAGCGACGGCAAUGUUAGAGAAAACAUCAAAUAACGGUAAAACAAAUGGCACCUCGAAUGGCAUUGCGAAACCAACAUCUACAUGAUACCUACCAGAAUGUUAUUUUAUUAUUAAUUCAUAUAUUUGCGUAAAAAUAUUUUAUUUAUUUAUUAAAUGCAUUAAAAUUGUUUAAGAUAA